CACCCUAUCCCCCGGCAGUGUGGACCUCACCGAGCUGUGUGUUUGGGGUGGGCCUGUGCCCUUCAUGGGUGGCCUGGCCCCACUGUAGGCAAGAAUUUUGCACUUGGCGCUGGGGUGACCGACCCUAAGACCCUUGGGGCAAGUGUGCUUGGCGGUUUGCAGUUGGAAAACCCCUUCCCAGGCCUGGUGGGCCUCCUGACCCCCGACGGUGGCGUGUGGUGGUGAAUGCCUGGUGGUGGGCUCUGGGCUGGGUGCAGGCCUGCAGCCCCUGUGGGUCCUGUUUGAGAGGAGGGGCCAGUCUGGGAAUGAGGGGUUACAGUCCCAGAAUUCUGAGUCUCUCCCCUUUGUGUGCUCCUUCCCCUUUCUGUCACUCCUGCCCAGGACCCUGGAGGCUCUUCUGUUGGAGGCAGUUUGGACUUCGGUUAAGUUCCUGAGGUAUCUUGCUGGACAGGUCAGGGCCUGCUAGCUCUUUGGGCUGCAGAGAGGGUCUGAAGGCCAGGCUCGAAAAGUCUAGGAUGGCUGGCAAUACCCGAGGUACCAAGGCAGGGUUAGGCCUGGCUGAGACCUUUCCCUGUUGGGAAAAUUUGUCUGUCCUGGGAGGACCCUAUACUCUGCUAAUGAGCCUGCCUAGUCCCUACCUCAGCACCUCCAGGAGGUGAGACCCCUCAAGUCUCACUCCUGGCCUAUAUCCUGGCUCUGCUGGGCAGUGUGAGCUCUCUGAGGACAGAGUCAGGGACGGAGCGCUGGGUUUCAGGGCUGCAGAAUUUGACAUGCCUCGGCCAGAGGGGACCAAGCCAGGCAUUUUUCAGGUGGAGAAACUGAGGUCCAGAGAGGGGAAGUGACUUGCCCAAAGUCAUACUGCCAGUUAGAAGGAGAGCUGAGACAGGGACCCAGGUGUUCAGGCUCCCACUUCUGAACACUCUCCACUGCUCUCCAUGAGGUGUCCUGGCCACUGGAAGAUUCAUUUUGAACAGAACUGGACUGGAAUGUGACAGCACACCCCCGACCCUGCCCUCUUACUGUAAUCCCUUCAGAGUGAAUCGCACUUUACAGUUUGUAUAGUGUGGCGCAUGGUUGCUAUCACAUCAGUUUCUCCCAGAAACCCUGUGGAGGUGAAAUUAUCAAGGUGAGAUCAUUAUCCCCUUUUUAAAAUUUAGGCAGCUGAGGCUUGGAGAGGUUGAGCAGUAGCAGGGUCCCAUCUAGGACCAGAUUCCUGGUCUCCUGUCUCCUUUCCUCCUGAGUGCUUCAGGCUCUGGAACACUCAGCGGGAUGUGAACCGUUCUACCCACCACUAGGUUCCAUUGAGCCCAGGAGAGCCUUGAUUGCUGCUGCUGCUGCUGCUGCUGCUGGUGAUGGGCCAUAGGCACUAUAAUGGCCAGUGCUUGGCAGAGACCUGAGUUUGUCCUAAGGGCUGAGGAUUGGGCUAUCCUGGGGUCUUGAGGAAUGAAGACAAAAUGGCCCUAGGUGGAAAAGAGGAAGCUAGAGUGUGGGUGAGGCAUGGACUGAGUAUGAAGCUAGCAUGGCCCCAGCCCUUCCCUGGGCAGACAUUUUAUGGCUCUGCUUCUCAGUAAAGUAAGGAGUCAUUUAUUCCUUCAUUUGUUUACUAACCUGCCAUUGGCUAGUUUAUUCAUUAAUUUAUUUGCUAGAUCACCCCUCUAUUCCUUCAUUGCGCAUUCAUUAGUUUAUCAGUUAUUUCAGUAGUCUGUCCAUCCAUCCAUCCAUCCAUCCAUCCGUUCGUUCAUCCAUCCAUCUGUCUGUCCAUCCAAUCCCUGACUCAUCCAGCCUAGAUUAGACACUGACAUGUAAGAUACAAGCCCAGGCCUUUGGGCUUUAAAGCCAACAGGGAAGAUGAAGACUGCAGAUGCAGAAAACACUAGCCAGGGCAGUAUUCACUGGGUGCUACCUGGGCCCCCAGGGAAGGUCUCUUGGUGAAGAAGAGGAGGCUUGAAAACAUCAGAGAAGUUACACAGACCAUCCUGAUGAUAGAUUUGGGUCCUGGGAUCAAGUCCCAUUUGUGCCACAUUUGUGUGACCUUGGGCACAUUCUUCCCCUCUCUGAGCCUUGGUUUCCUUUUCUCUAAAAUGGGGUACUCUCUGUGAAUCUCUUACGGGUUUUGAGAGUAACAAUGAGACAGUGUCUGGAAUGUCUCCCAGCCCUGGCCAGGAAUGUGGUAGGAGUUCAGUAUAUACCAACUGAAUUUUAAGUUCUAGAUCCUACCUUGAUUUUGAAAACCAUCAUGGUGUUUACAGAAUGAGCCAAGUGAUCUGGGGACCCUGAAAGCCCUGCUCUGCCUUGUUGUUCCCCUUGAAACUCUUCCGAUGUUUCUCUAGGCAUUUAGAAGGAAAAAAAAAAAAUAUCCGAAGUCCCGUCUGAGCCAGGUCUGCAAGGCCCUACGUGGUCUGGCCCCUGCCCACCUCUCACCCUCAACUCUCCCCCUACCCAUCUCGCUGUCCCCAGCUGUCCAUGUCACCAUCCCCAGCCCCAGCGGCUUCUUUCUGCUCCUUGAGUUUACAAAGCUUGUUGGCCGGGCUUUGCAUGUUCUGCUCCUCUGCCUGGAACGCUUUUCCCUAAAUCUUUGUGUGGCUGGCACCUUCUUAUCUCACAAGUCUCAACUCAGACGUCACCUCCUCAAAGGGGCUUCCCUGACCACAUGCUUUAAAGCAGCUUCUUGCUGUCACUCUCUGUCACAUCAGCCUCUUAUUUUCUUUUGUGAGUCUUAUCAGUAUCGGAAAUUAUCUCAUUUAUUUGUUUGUUUGUACUUCUUGCCUGUCUACUGCAACAUGCUUAAGCCCCAUGCAGACAAGUGAGCAGGUGGUUCCAGCAUGGUGGGGCUGGGACUUCUGUAGAGGUGAGGAAAUGCAUGAGGCCCAGGUGUGGCGGCAGCCUGGCAGCCAAGCAGGGCCUAGGAGAUGAAGUUACACCAAGAUCUGUCCUCCCCUUCCCCUGGGAGGCUCAGGGCUGUUGUUAGGAAAUAACGAGAUGAUUCAAUCACAGAACCUAAGACUCCCAGACUCUUCCAAUCUCAGAGCCUUAACAUCUUGCGAAGCUCUCCACCUUAGAACAUUUGACACUCAGGGUCUUAGCGUGGUCCAGUCUUGGAUUUAGAAUCUAACAAAAUGGACUCUCACUGCCUUAUUUAUUUAAGUGCCCACUUUCUGCCAGGUCAUGUUCUAAAAGGCUUUAUAAAUAUUAAGGCAUUUAAUCCUCAUUGUUAAAAACAAAAACAACAAACCCAUUGCCACUGAAUCGAUUCUGACAUAUGGCGACCCCAUGUGUUACAGAGAAGAAUUGUUCCGUUGGGUUUUCUUGGCUGUAAUCUUUAUGGAAGCAGAUCACCAGGCCUUUAUCCUGAGGCACUACUGGGUGGGCUCGCACUGCCAACAUCUAGCUUAGCAGUCAAGUGCAAACCGUUUGUGCCACUCGGAGACUUUCUUUAUUGUUACCACUCCCAUUUUACAGAUGAGGGAACUGAGGCACUGAGGGGUUAGGUAACUUGACUGAGUUUGUGGAGUUCCCAACGUGAUGUUGUUGGGAUGUGAGCCCAGAACUUGGCUUAACAGCUCCUACCAACUCCUGCUUAGAAUUCCUCAGCUGUUGAGGGGAAGCCCAACCUCACCCAACCCCUGUGCAGAGCAGGCAUCCACUUCCCACGUCCUUGACAAAAUGGUCCCUAAUCUCUGGUAGAAAUCCCCCUCCAGUGAUGGGGAGCCCUUUCCUCACUAAGGCCCCAUCCUCCCAUUGCCAGACUGUUCUCAUUGCUGGAAAGAUUUUCCUCUUUUCAAAGCAUGCAGUGCUGCACCUCUCCUGUGAAUAAUGCCUGUGCAGCGAUGGUAGUGUUAUGAUUUCCCAGCCUUUGACCUUGUAGCUUCACAGCUUCAGCUGCCUCGUUCUCCCUUUCCCCCCACCCCUGACUCAUGGGCUCCUGAGGGCAGGCAGCCUCAGUGCUCAGUGUUGCAUGUGUGAAUGAAUGAAUGAGCACGUGCACAAAGAAUGUGUGACUUCUCAGUAUUUCCUGAGUUCCUCCUAUCUCUGUAACACCGUACUGGGCCCUUGUCCAGGGUAUUGGACAGGCUUAGUGUACUUGGGAAAAGAAGACAUAGUUACUUCUCCGCGUAGCCCCAAUGAAGUCUGUGCAUGAGGAGCUUUAUAUACACAAUUCCUGGAGAAGUAUCGGAGAUCUAAAGUCACGCGCUGUUAGGAGAGAGGUAGAUGUCACAGGUCAUGUAGUCACACCCUGUUUUACUGACUGGGGGAACUAAAUCAGGAAAGGAGAGAGGCGGGCCUUGUCCAAGGCCACACGCAUCUUCUGAUGCUUUCCCUGGUGGGCUUUCUGCUCCCCAGGUGCUUACAGGUCGCCGCAGUAUCAGUUCUAGGGUUCGAGGGCAGGAAAAAGCCCUUGUUGAGGAAGCUAGUCCCCUCUAUAGCCUCAUCUGUAAAAUUUUCUCAUCUCUACAAUGGGGGUAACAUUCCUGGGCACAUGGGCUGCUAUGAGGAGAGAUGAGGGCCCAGCAUUGUGCUGGCCCUUGGAUGGGAUUGGGGAAGUGGGCUGUGAUCGAAGUAGGCUGGGGGCUAUCGUAGUAAGACAGCUCCUGGGAACCUGGGGCUGGAACUGGGUUUUGGAGGCUGGGUAGGAUUUAGGGAGGUAGCUGCCAGAGUAGUGUCUUUGGUAGGUAAGGUGUGUAUGUGGGAAGGUCUGAGGGAUUUGGUUCUGGGGCCCAACGGGUCCUGUGUAGUCUCCGUCUUUACCAUGUGGCCAUAAGGAUGUCCUUGGGGUAGGGUCCUCACCAUCUGGGUCCUUUUCUGGGCUUUGGGCAAAGGCUUCAGGCUCCUUGCUCUGGGUUCAAUGGGGGUCACCCCCAGACACACAUGCUCACACAUAUCCACACUAUCAUUUAUUCUAUGGCUACCCCUGAUGCUACCCCACUACCCCAUCUUGGCCAAUUUGGGGUGCCCCCCUGCUAUUUCAGAAAACACCACAGAUGCCCUGAAUCAGGUCCUCUGGGCCAGAAGUUCAGGAGACACAUUGGCCAGUGUGUGUAUCCCACACACAAUACAUGCACAUCACACAGGAACCCACACAUACAUUCAUGACACCCACAGGUUUACAGGUGCAUAUAUUCCUGUACACCCUCCCAGGAAACUACACAAACAGCAUGGACCUGCUCAUCCUCGUGUGCUCGCACACGUGUGUACACAUCUGUGCACACACUCCUGUUCAUCAUUUGCACACGACUGUGCUCACCCAGUGCACUCGUGCUCACAUGUAUUUUUACACCAAGCUGCAUCCUGCCUGCACACAUUCAUUGACACCCAGGAGACUGCAGCCUCACAUUCUGGGCUUUGUACAUGGGCCCUCAUGCACACCCUUGCGUGCACGCACACGUGUACCUGCACCCUGCCUGGAUCUGCUUGGCGCAAUGGAGCAGGUAGCUCAUUUUCGUCUCCCACCUUCACUCGGCAAUAUUUCUUUAGCAUUUGCUAUAUGCCGGAACCUGUGCUAAUUGCGGAGGAGCCCUGGUGGCGCAGUGGUUAAGAGCUUAGCUGCUAACCAAAAGGUUGGCCGUUCGAAUCCAGGAGCCACUCCUUGGGAACGUUAUGGGGCAGUUCUACUCUGCCCUAUAGGGUUGCUAUGAGUUGGAAUCAACUUGACAGCAACGGAGUUUUUUUGGUGCUAGUUGCUGGGGAUGGGAGUGAGGAAAACUGACAUGGUCCCUUCCCUGGUCGGAGACAGACAUCAUACAAAAGAUCACACCAAUGAGUAUAUGAUGAUGGAUUUUGGUAAAUGAUAGGAAGGAAUUUUUUUCUAUGAUGGAAGCUUCCCUGUUGCUACAUACUUUUAGGUUUACUAUGUGAGCAAUGAUAAUGGUGUGUGUAGGGGGGAGUGCUUAUGGGAGGACGUGAUACCUGAACAGUGACCUGAAGCUAGCCAGGGGAAGGGCAUUCCAGGCAGAGGGAACAGCCUAGGCAAAGGCCCUGAGGUGGGAAAGCACUUGGCAUAAUCAAGGAACAUGGAGGAAGGGGCAGCAGUGAAACCAAGGUGAGGGAGGAUAGACUGGGUGGGGGUGUAAGAGAUGAGGAGGUAGGUGGGGCCUAGUCUGGCGAGGGGCGGGGGGCCUUUGGUAGGUCUUCCUUAACCUGUUUGCUCCCACCCACACCUCCACCCCAAGCCCUCCUCACCACUCCCUCUGACCAGUCCAACCCUCCACUGGCUGCAGUGGCUUGCUCAGGGCCCAUUCUGUCCCUGGCCUCCACCCUAAGCCUGAGACCUGUCUGACCUGCCCCACAGGCAACCUUUCCCAGGGGUCCUCAGGAUACAGCAUGGGAGUGGCUUUAUGACCACCCACCAGGGACUCCAAGCACAGGACCCCUGGGACCAGGCUAGGAAGGCUCUGGUGGCCAGGCCAGAAGCCGGGGUUCAGAAGUCUGCUUCCCUGUUUUGACUUAAUCCCAGACCUAGGUCUCUGUCAAUCAGCAGGGCAGUCCCUGUGAGUCCUGCAAGCUGCUCAGAGCUGCUGCACCCCCGCCACGUGGUUAGCAUACUGGUUGCGGGUCUUUGGAAUAUUGGGAAGGGAGCCCUGGUGGCCCAGUGGUUAAGGGCUCCGUGGCUAACCGAAAGUCAGCAGUUUGAACCCACCAGCUGCUGUGCGGGAGAAAGAUGUGGCAGUCUGCCUCCUUAAAGAUCACAGCCUUGGAAACCGUAUGGGGCAGUUCUACUCUGUCCUAUAGGGUCUCUAUGAGUUAGAAUGGACUCGAUGGCAAUGGAUUUGGUUUUUUUGGUUUCCCUUAUGCCUUAGAGAAACCCUGGUGGUGUGGUGGUUAAGAGAUACAUCUGCUAACCAUAAAGGUCAGCAGUUCGAAUCCACCAGGUGCUCCUUGGAAACCCUAUGGGGCAGUUCUACUCUGCCCUUUAGGGUCGCGAUUUUUUUUUUUUUUUUUAUGAGUCAGAAUUGACUUGACGGCAACAGGUUUGGUUUUAGUUUUAUGCCUUAGAGAACCUAACAACAACAGACGUAGAGUCCUUAUUGUGUGCCAGCCACUAUUCUAAAAGCUUUAUAUAUAUUAACUCAUUUAAUUUUUUUAACAACCCUGUGGAGAUACCAUUAUCACUUCCAGUUUACAGAUUAAAAAAACCAAGCCUCAGGAAUUUAGGUAACAAUCCCAAGGGCACAACUGAGCUUCAAACUUGGGCUAGUUGAAUCUGUGCUCUUAACCUCUGAGUUGCCACAUUGCCCCUUUGAGGGUCUGGGAACCACAGGUCAUGAUUUAGUCAAAGCCCUACCUUUUGUAGAGGAAGAAGUGGAGGUCCAGAGAGGGGGUAGCCUUACCAAGGCCAUACAGCAAGCCUAUGGCAGAGGGUCCUAGCCUCCUCUGCCCCUUGCCAGCUGCAUGACUUUGGGCAGAUUAUGUACCUCUCCGAACCUCAUUUCUGACUCCAAAAAGGAAGAAGUUACUGUAGAUGCCAGAGGAUGGGGACCUUUGCAGGACAGGGAGGGCUGUAACUGAGAAAAAAACAAAGGGUUGGGGUUUCUGAGGUACCCUGGGUAUUGGCUUUAUAAUGUCAUUAGUUGUAUAAGUUUUAAGCAUCUCUUUGAAUGCAUAUUAAAUUUUGAAAUGUUCGCAGCAUCUACAUCACUGGGUCAUUAAGUGGUAGGAUGAGAAAUGCUUAGGAAGCAUCCAACAGUGCCUGGCACGGAGGAAGUGCUCAGCUGCUAUCACCAUCAUCAUCAUUUCAUGCUGGCAGAAGGAGCUCCCUGUGGAGAUGAGAGCUGGGGGCUGGCUCCCUGGGUAAAAGAAGGUGGAGAGGGGCAUGUGUUCAGAAUAUGCAGAACAUUCUCUCAGCCCUGAGAAGGGUGUCCUGGUCCAUUCCCCAGAUGAGGGCACUGAGGCUUCAGAGAGGGUCACUACCCUGGGUGUCUCUGGGCGACUGAGGAGGGGCAGCUUCCCAGCUCCCGUUGACCAGGGAGGGCCAGGCAGUGGCCCCCUCCAGUUUGAUGAGCUCUGCCAUCACAGUGAAAACAGGCCUUCCCAGCCCCACAGGGCACCGGAAACCCAGCCUAAUUGGAUCCAGGACCCUCGGGAGCCUAGCUCCUCACAGGAAGUUCCCAGGAGCGAGUUUCCAAGGCUGGCCUGGCCUGGCUGGGGUCUUGGGGGUGAGGUAGGGGGCAGCAGCUGGGGUGCACGGAUCUGGGCUUCGCGGAGUUGGGCCACAUGGAAGGCAGAGGGGUCAUGGGAGGUACACUUUGAGCAUGGGAGCCUAGAGGAUCCUGGAAGAUGAGAAACCUCAGCUUCUCUCUUGGGCCAUCUCCUGCUUGUCCUCCCACAGGCCAUGCUUCUGUCCCCACAACAGCCUGCCCAACUAAAACCUUGACCACGGCCCUCCCCUGCUUACAGACCCCCCACAGCUGCCUACCGCCUUCUUCUGCCAGCGCCUCAGCCUGGAGCUCUGGCCCUUUAUAAACUGCCCCCUGCUACUGCUACCUUUCUUCCCCUGCAAGCUCCUGCCCUCUGCCCACACCAGACGAGCAUGCUUUCCUGCCUCUGGGUUUUGCAGGUGCAGCCCUCUUACCUGGUGAACCCUUACCUGGAGUCUUUCUCUUGAAAUCUCCCCUUCCCCCCAUCUGCAAGUCCCACCUUCUAGAAGUCUUUGUUUAUCUUUCAGUGAGUUGAGCUCACCACUCAUUGUCCCCAUCUCCUCCCGCAGGAGCUUGUUGCCUCUCCCUGGGCCGGGAGCCAUGUUUGAGAACCCUUUGCCACCCCAGGAAGCCUGGCAGUUUUCCAUGCCUUUGCACACGCCACCCCUCUGCUCGGAAAGCACUCCUGGCCAACUUCUCAGUCUCCAGGGCCCCCUGGGAAGUCCCUUCCUCUCAGUGAUGCGCUCUGUGAACAUUUAUUGAGUACCUAGUGUGGACUGGGGAAACCCUGGUUGCAUAGUGGUUAAGGGCUGCGGCUGCUAACCAAAAGGUCAGCAGUUUGAAUCCACCAGGCGCUCCUUGGAAACCCUAUGGGGCAGUUCUACUCUGCCCUUUAGGGUCGCUAUGAGUUGGAAUUGAUGCAACAGGUUUGGUUUUAUUUUGGUUUUUAGUGUGGAGUGGAGGGAGCCUUGGUGGCGCCGUGGUUAAGAGCUACAGCUGCUAACCAAAAGGGUGGCAGUUCAAAUCCACCAGGCACUCCGUGGAAACCCUAUGGGGCAGUUAUGAGUUGGAAUCAACUCGAAGGCAGUGGGUCAGUAGUAUGGAUUAAGCACUUGAGUAACCACUCUGUGGCAGGCACUUGACUCUGAGCUGCAGCGUGACCCUGUCCUCAUGGGUCACGACUCCCUGGGAGAUGGACCUGGAGGGAGUAUUUGGAGGCUCAGUGCAAAGGUGGGGUGGGGAGAAUGCAGGGGGCUGUGGGAGCAGGUAACAGGGAGGCCUCAUUCCUACUGGAAACUGAAAGUGACCUUUAAGCUGAGACCUGGUGGAAGAGCCGGGUGAGCUGUGGGGCCAGGUCAGGGUGAGGAGGUGUACCCAAGAACCAGAGCCAGGCCUUGCUCUCGGGGAGCUCACAGUUUUCUUGGAAGACUGGACUGACAAGUAGCGGCCAAUGCUAGGACAGUGGGAUCCGAGGGAGCUCCAUAGCCUUGGAGGGGGUGGUGAUGCGCGAGCUUAGUUGUGCUGAUUGAUGGGAACCCGGCAGCGGUCCAGCUGGGCCAUGUGGCCCGGGUGGUGGGCACAGCCUGUGCAAGGCGUGGUGGCAUGAGAGAGCAACCCACUUUGAUGGAGCUGCAGGUGCCAUAGUGGGGCUGGAUUGAGGGGUGCUGUGGAGACACAGGUGCUGGGAUGAAUGUGGCCGGCGGGGCACCCACCCUUAGCAAAGUUCCCUGGGUACCUUUGCUUGGGAGUUUUAACUGUAUCCCCAAAGUGAAGGGAACUCAAGUUGGAUUUUAAGUGGGGGAGUAAGUGACUGGGUCAGGCUUUCCCCUGGCCUGGUUUCCUCCUGUGAUACCAGCUAGCUGAACCCCCUAGAUGGAGUCCUUUCCUGACUCCACUCUUGGGUUGGACCUGGGAUGAGACUAGAGGCUUGCUGUGGGCCUUUGAGCAAGCCUCUGCCCUUCCCUGAGCCCCUCUGUCCUGGGUGAACCACUGGGGCCUGAGGCAGAAAUCCAUGUGGGCUGCUAGGGGUGGAGUGGGAAGGUGGGGAGCUUGGGGUCAGUGACUUACUAGGCCAAAGUUUGCUGAACCUUUAACUUUAUCAAAAACAUUCCUUAAGAAAGUCACCUAAUCACCCUGCAGAAAAAUCAGAGAAUAGGGAAAUGAAACACACAAGACCCCCAAGCCUGAAGCACCAACAGCUGUUAGCAUUUUGGUAUUUCCUUCCACUGUCCUCUCAGCACCCAGUUCUUAUGUAAAUAUCAUAGCUCAAAGGUCCCUAGGUGGCGCGAACGGUUUGUGCUCAACUGCUAACCUAAGGUUGGCAGUUUGAACCUAAGCAGCGGUACUGUGGAGGAAAAAACUGGCAAUCUGCUUUCGUUAAGAUUAUAGCCAAGAAUACCCUAUGGACCAGUUCUGCUCGGUAACACAUGGGGUUGCCAUGAGUCAGAAUCGACUCGACGACAGCUAACAACAACAUCGCUGCUCUAUCUAUACGUAUAGUUUUUAUCUUGCCUUUUCCUCCUGCUGCUGUAUCAGAGGUGUUUUCUAAAUGACUACAGGCUGGUUUUUAAUCCUUUUUAGUCCAUCUAGUGGGUGAGGGGCAUGGGUUCCGGAGCCUGACUGGGUUCAAAUCCCACACUUACUGCUUGACUCUGGGCAAGUUACCUAAUCUGUCUGUGCCUCAGUUCCUUCUAGGGUUGAUACCAAAAAAAAACAUAAAAGAAAAUAAAAACCAUUACUGUUGAGUCAAUUCCGAUUCGUAAUGACCCUAUAGGACAGAGUAGGACUGCCCCACGGGGUUUCCAAGGAGCAGCUGGUGGAUUCAAACUGCCAGCCUUUUGGUUAGCAGCCAAACUUUUAACCACUGAGCACCAGGGUUUCCUGUAGGGUUGAUAAGAGUAUUUAAUGAGUCAUUACCAUGUCAACAUUGGGCACCACUAACCAUUUGAUACUAUGUCACUGUGUAGGAUGAUCUACAGAGCCAUCUUCCCCAUUGUUUAAAAUUUUGGCCGUUCCAGGUUUUUGCUCUCGUAAAAAACUGCUGAAACAAAGCACAUAAAGCUUUGUGUGUAAAGCUUUUUCUACAUUUGGGUUAUUUCCAAGAAUGGGAUCCCUAGGCCAGAAGGUCUGAAAAUUUUUAGAGCUCUUCACACAUAUCGCUAGAUUGCUUUUAGAAAUGAUCGUUCCAGUUGACGUUCCCACCAGUAGUGCAUGAGAGUGCCCAUUUCACCAUAGCCUCACCAACACUGGGAAUUAUCAUUUUCUUUUUGCUGUUUUAACAGGUGAAGCUCAUUUAGUUUUCACUGCUAGGGAAGCUGAACCAUUUUCUGUUUAUUAACCGUUAACAUACUUUUUGGGUUUGCUAGUCUUUACCAUCACACACAGUUCUUGCUCAGAUCAAUUAGGAAGACAAAACUUAGAUACAGGAAAUGGGGAACAGGGUGACACAGGGGACAACAUGGUACAAGGGUGAGUGGAGUUGACUCAGAGGAGAGGGAGGGGGCUUUCCUCUAUCCAUACUAUGACAUUUUCAAUUCCUAGUAUUCAUUCAUUCAUUCAAACAUUUAUCAGGCACUGUGCAGGGCAUGGGCCCCUGGUGGCACUGUUGGUUAAGUGCUUGGCUGCUAAAGGAAAUGCUAUUCAAGUCCACCCAGAGGCACCUUGGAAGAAAUGCGUGGUGAUCUACUUCGUAAAAAUCAGGCAUUGGAAACCCUAUGGAGCGCAGUUGUACUCUUACACAGGUGGGGUUACCAUGCGUUGGGAUUGACUUGACAGUAACUGGUGGUGGUGGUGUGAGGCAGAAACAGCGAAUGACUCAGUCGUGACACCACCCUGACAGAACUCAUGUUAAGCAUAGAGACGGCUGAGAAAACAGACAGAAAGUGGAGUGAUGAAUGCUCUGAUGGUGGAAAUCAGGGUACAAAGGGAGCAGAGGAGAGAGGCACCCAGCACAGCCCAGGAGGUAGAGGUGGAGCAGUCCCAGAAGGCUCUCAGGAGAAAGUGGCCUGUAAGCUGGGGCCAGAGGGAUAAGAAGGAGUUAAUGAGGCAAAUGGGGGGGGGACAGAAGGCUCCUCCAGGAGAAGAGGAGAAGGCAGUAUGACAGAAGGUGAGGAAGUGAGAAGGGAAGUAGAGCAUUUGGGGAACUGGGAGACUCUUGGUUUGGCCAGGCACAAUGUGAGGCCAAAGAGGUCAGCAGGGACCAGACAUGCAAGUUCAGAGGAAUCCAGACCUUUUUCGUAGCGAAGUAGGGAGCUGUGGAAGAGUCUAAGCAGGGGAGGCUUGUGAUCUGAUUCACAUUUUACAGAGAGCACAGCGACUGCAGUAAGGGAGUGGAGUGGGUGCUGACAGAGGGAGUGGGGAAACCUGGGAGGAGGCUCUUGCAGUAGCUGAGGCCAAAGAUGAAGGGGACCUGGACUGAGUACCCUGUGGAAUCCUACCACCUUCAAAGUAGAGACUGAAUGUCACCUCCAGGCAGCCCUUCUUGAUACCCCCCAACCUCAGGUCACAGGUGCCUUGAGUGGGAGUGGGGGAGGGACUGUGCAGGGCCAUGGAAUCCUACCACCUUCAAAGUAGAGACUGAAUGUCACCUCCAGGCAGCCCUUCUUGACACCCCCAACCUCAGGUCAUAGGUGCCUUGAGUGGGAGUGGGGGAGGGACUGUGCAGGGCCUGGCAUUCUGCAGUCAAUUGAGUGCCUGCCAUCAGCUGACCCUGACCUGCUCCUCUGUGCCUCCCUGGACCCCUCCUGGGCUACUGAUCACUCUUUCUUUUUUAAGAAUAAAUUUAUUGUUUUCAUUACAAAAGCAACUGAAGGGCAUUACAGAGAAUUUGGAAAUCAGAGAAACAAAAGACAAAAAGCAGAUCAACCCCAGCCGCCUCCCCCAGCACUCCCAGCCUCCCUCCGGGCGUGGCUUCCUGCAGCUUUCUUUUUCUGACGCAGGUUUUUAUUUUUGCCUCCUUGUAAUCACAGUGUCUGGGCAGUUUUGGGUCCUGCUGUCUCCUGUCCGCUUUGUUGGGAGCUAGUUCCCAUGUGGCCGUGGGGUCUGGACAGAUCUCAUAUUUAGUAUCUGUGGGAUAGUCCAGGGUGUAAGUUGCUUGAUGGCACCCCUCUGCCUUGCAGUGGGCAAGCCUAGUCCCAUCCCAUCCUGGGCUGCGUGUCCUCUUUGUGUCCACUUGUCCAGGUCGAAACCUCCCCAGGCCACAGGACCUGGCACCUGUUGUCCCCCACCCCCAUCCCAGUGGAGCUUGCUGGGCUGGCCUUGGAGGCUACCCCUCCUGGGAGACAGACUUCGUUUCAAAUCCCGACUUGGCUCUUUGACCUCAGACAAGUUACUUAAAUUCUCUGGACCUCAGUUUCCUCAUCUGUACAAUGGGUCUAUUGUAACACUAAAAUUAUGGAUGUAAUUCUGUAAUUAUGUCCUCGUUCAUUAUAAGUGCUCAAGAAGAGGUAGUUGAUAUUAUUAUACUUUUUCAUUCUGCAAAGAGUUUCUGGGACCAUCUUGGGCUAGCUGCUGGAAAUCACAGGUGAGUGAGCACUAACCCCACCUGUGAUGAGCACAAAAUGUGGUGGAGAAGACACCCAGGAAAAUAGAUACUCUCACCAGAGUAUGACUGGCCCUGUAGUGCUCUAUCAGACAUGGGUGGUGUCCUGACUCCACCACUUGUUAGCUGUGUGACUUUGGGCAAGUUGGUCAACCUCUAUGAGCUGCAGUUUUCUCUUUUGUUAAAUGCAUAUCUCCCUGAGUCAUUGAAAAGAUUCACUGACAUGAUACAUAUGACAUACCUCAGUACAGUGCCUGGCACAUGGUAAAUGUUGAAAUCAAUGGUAGCUGCCAUUUUAUUAUUAUUAUUGUUAUUAUUAUUCCCAUAUACAAGGUGCUGUUGGGAACACAGAGGAAGUGACUGACUGGGGGUUCAGGGAAAGCUCCGUAGAAGAGGGAACACUUGAGCUGGGUCUUGAAGGAUGAGUAGAAGUUCACCAAGUGGGAAAGGACACUCUAGGAUGGCCGAGCCUCGAUUUAACAACCCGUACUUCUGGCCCCCUCCUCCCACCAUGCCCAGCCAGCUGGACAACCUGGUCCUGAUUAACAAGAUCAAGGAGCAGCUGAUGGCGGAGAAGAUCCGGCCACCGCACCUGCCGCCCACGUCGGCGUCGUCGCAGCAACCGCUGCUGGUGCCGCCGGCGCCCGCCGAGAGCAGCCAGGCCGUCAUGUCGCUGCCCAAGCUGCAGCAGGUGCCCGGGCUGCACCCGCAGGCUGUGCCGCAGCCCGACGUGGCGCUGCACGCGCGGCCAGCCACCAGCACCGUCACAGGUCUGGGGCUCUCCUCCAGGACCCCGGCCGUGAGCACGUCUGAGUCAAGCGCAGGCACGGGUACCAGCACCCCGUCCACACCCACCACCACCAGCCAGAGCCGCCUCAUCGCCUCGUCCCCCACCCUCAUCUCAGGGAUCACCAGCCCCCCCCUCCUGGACUCCAUCAAGACAAUCCAGGGCCACGGCCUGCUUGGCCCCCCCAAGUCCGAGCGCGGCCGCAAAAAGAUCAAGGCGGAGAACCCAGGGGGGCCUCCUGUCCUCGUCGUCCCCUAUCCCAUCCUGGCCUCGGGCGAGACUGCCAAGGAGGGCAAGACAUACAGGUGUAAGGUAUGCCCGCUGACCUUCUUCACCAAGUCCGAGAUGCAGAUUCACUCCAAGUCGCACACAGAGGCCAAGCCCCACAAGUGCCCGCACUGCUCCAAGUCCUUUGCCAAUGCCUCCUACCUGGCCCAGCACCUGCGAAUCCACCUGGGUGUCAAGCCCUAUCACUGCUCCUACUGUGAUAAGUCCUUCCGACAGCUCUCCCACCUCCAGCAGCACACCAGAAUCCACACAGGCGACAGACCCUACAAGUGCCCACAUCCUGGCUGUGAAAAGGCUUUCACUCAGCUCUCCAACCUCCAGUCUCACCAGCGCCAGCACAACAAGGACAAGCCCUACAAGUGUCCCAACUGCUACCGGGCCUACUCGGACUCCGCCUCCCUGCAGAUCCACCUGUCGGCCCAUGCCAUCAAGCACGCCAAGGCCUACUGCUGCAGCAUGUGUGGGCGGGCCUACACCUCGGAGACCUACCUGAUGAAGCACAUGUCCAAACACACGGUGGUGGAGCACCUGGUGAGUCAUCACUCACCCCAGAGGACGGAGUCCCCCGGCAUCCCAGUGCGGAUCUCUCUCAUCUGAGCCGACCGAGGCGCUGCCCCACCUGGUCCGGCCCGCUGGAAGACACAGACCCGGCAGCACCAGGCCCCAGCUCCCUCCAGGGGCCUCCAGGAACAGCCGACAGCCGAGAGCUCUCACAACCUUCCCGACCUUUCAGGCAGCCUGGGUGGUAGAAGCCCUACCCGGUCCGGCUCCGGGGCGGUCAGGCCAACCUCAAGAUUCUGGACUGUUUUGGUGGCAUCCAAAGACGAUCUCAGAGCACUUUGAAUCUCUCUGUUGAGUUUUCUUUUUUGUUCCCCACCCUUCACUUUCUUCACGGCCUUUUUUUUUUUUUAAGUUUUGGAAAUAACAAAAAAAAAGAUAUUUAUUGGCCAAGACGUUGGUGCUGCUAAGACCGAGAAAUUAAAAGAAUCGGACAGAUGGACACAGAGAACCAGAGGGCAGCGUGGGACCUUCUCCUGCCACAUGGCCUCAAGUCUUGAGGGAAGGCUCAGGCCUAUGUUUCUGGACUGCAUAGGGGAUCCCCAGGUGGGAGGGGGCAGGAAGAAGCUGGAGUGAGCUCCUCACCCCAGGUGCCCAGCUAGCACCUCUCCAGUUGUGCCCUGGGCAUUGCUGAGCAGAGGGAUGAAGCAACUACCAGA